AUUCUCCCUCAGUAGUGAACACAGUGCCACAGAAUCAUCUUCACCAGAGCAGAGAAGAGCUCACCUGAACUAAACAGAGCAGUAUGGGAGCAUCAUCCAGUUUACUGGAUGAAAAUAAAUCCAACUACAUAAAAGGGCAAGUGGACGAGAAUUUUAAGCAGUUUGCACCGAUUUAUAGGAAACAAUAUUCUCUGGCUUACCUGUCCCAGAUCCGAGAUGAACUUGAGCAGCGCAAAAAGGAGCAUACACAGUUUCUCAAACAACGGGCCUCUCCAGAGCCUGGAAAGGUGCUGUAUGAGGAGAUUGUGCAACACUUUAAUGACAGCAGGAAGUGGAAGGAUAGAUAUAUAGUAAUCCGUGCCAAUUACGUCUUGGAGUGUUAUGAGAGCUACAAGGCGUUUGUAAAAGGUUCACCUCCACUAUACAGACUGAUGCCUACAGGGGGAACCAUUCUGACCACAGAAGAGAAAUACAUGGAAAUGAUUAACCAAUGCUGCCCUUGCACUAACGACGUCCAGGAAGAUUUUGCACCUCCUGUGGCGGACAUGCCAGGGCAGUUCCCAGUUUAUCUUAGACUUCCAUACCGCCGGGAUUCCUAUUUCUGUUUCCGUGAUGAAAACUCUCAAGUUGAAUUCAUCUCACUCUUAUCUGACUGCGUUCGCCACCAAAACAAAGAUUUUCUCAAGAAGGAGAAUUGUGAUGUUAAGGCUUUCCUCAAAGCUAUUCAGCUCUAUAGGCAGGAGAAAGGCCAGUAUGAAUCGUGGGAUAUGCUCAUAGGCAGUGAUGUGAGGGGUCUUGCCAAUCUGUUUAUGGAGGACUUGAUGCCCUACCUGGACAAAGAAUUGGAGCCAUGUUUGAAGAGCAAGAGGGCAGACAGGAGGAGAGUGUGGUUUGCGACGGUUGAAGCCACUUAUUUCCUGCUGCAAGAGCAUCUGUUUGAAAGGAUGAAAACACUGAAGCAGGAGUGCCAAGAGAUGGUGAAACAGCAGGACACGCUCAUGCGCUCUGAUAUGGACCAGAUCUCCAGCUCAAGAGCUUUCCUGGAGGGCAAACUCAGAGCCAUGGUUACUGAGCCAGCAACAGAAUACUGCACAAAGCAGGUGCAGCCGUACCUGCCAGCCAUCUUGGAGGAAGUGAUGGGACCCAUAAGCCUGGGCUUCACAGAGGCCCGGGACUUGAGCGAGGGCAUGAUGCAGCAGCUGUGUGAGGACUUCCAGGACGUUGAUCAGAAGGAGGAACUCAGACAGGCUCUGUUUAAGAUGAGUAAGGCUAAUUUACAGAGCUGUUAUGAGAAAGUGGAUGGCUUGGCAGAUCACGUUCAAGAGCUACAACAAACCUUCAACUAUUGCAUUAAAGGUCUGGUGGACAGCACACAGAUAGACUUAAAACAGCUGAUGGAGAAUACAGAGUACACCUUUGAGCUGCUUGUGCGAAAGGCUCUGGAGGAUCCAUCGGUCAGUCUUUCGAUGGCGAUGGAAAAGGCAUCAAACAGGGUUCUGAAGCAAUUUGACUAUGACAGCAGCACAGUGAGGAAGAAAAUCUUGCAGGAGGCUUUGAUCAACAUCACCCUACCCAGCAUUAAGAAGCACCUGGCCCCAUCCUUUAAAGAGGAACUACCCAAACUUGAGCAAUAUAUAUUUGCUGAUUAUACAAACUUCAUCGGUGUGGAAAACGUGUAUGAGGACAUUAUCAAGGAGAUACUGGAAAAAGACGUCAACAUGGUGGUCAAGGAAGCAGCCAGCAAGAAGAAAUUCAACCUGUUCACAGAGAGCAGAUACAAUUUCAGCGUGUCCAGCUUCUCCUCCACACCCCCAGGAUCCGCGCCCAGCAGCCCGGGACACUUAAAUACCUCCCCGAGACAGCGCACACCCAUGCCGCCCUCUCCGCUGCUGAGCAAUGGCCUGACAGCAAACAAAUCCGUGAGCGUUCACUCAUCAGAAAGCCAAUCUUUUCCUAUCAUGGGAACUAUCGAUGAAGGAGAAUACAAGGUUCUCUUAGAGGAGAGCAGUGAUGAUGUAUUUCUAACUGCUGAAACGUCAACCUCGGACGCAUCAGCUGAGACUAAACGAGAACUCACCACAAACGUCAAGAAAGCUUCGGUCAGUUCCACCCCUAUUAUUAAGGUAACAGAAGGUAUAGAAAGUGUUGGUAGUAUUGAUGCAAAUUCUUCAGACUUUGCUAAUAAACCCACAGUACUAAUCAACCAGGUUUGCACUAAAACCUCUGACCAUGAGCCUGCUGAAACAGAGAACAACAGCAAGGAAAUUAUAAAGACAGAAGAUUCGUCAAAGGAUCCAGCCCGGAUUAAAGCACUAAUACAUGAUGAAAGCACAUAUCCGAUCGCCGUUUGUUUAUCUAUUCAGGAUGCAGAGGAUAGAGAUAUCUACAAAGAGUUCACAAGCAAACAAAUCAUGGCUCUUUCAGAAAAAGCCUCAGAAUCCCAGUCUUCACCAAACCUAGAGGAUGAAACCAGGCCUCUGGACUGUGUGAAGGAGAUCCGUGACCUGGUAGUGGAGGUUAUUGAAAUAGAGGACGUGGUUGAGCCUUCUAAAGACAAUGGAGAAAAAGUUCAAAUGUUUGAGGAGCAAGAUGCUAUAGUUUAAGUUUCAAAGAGUUUUAUGUCAGGACUACAUUUUCUGUGUGAAGAGACAAAUUGUACAUUUUGAAGUUGGUUUCAUCAAUGUGCAGAAGGUAAUUAUAGUUUACUUUAGAUAUGUAUGUACAGGGGUGCACAUAAAUGGUGUGUUGUGAAUGCGUUGUGUAAAUAAGUUUGGUUGACAGCUGUUAAUGCACAAUAACCGUUUUUGAAUGACUAUCUGUAAUACUGUAAAAGAUUUCUAUUCGAAAUGAAAGUAUAAAUCUACGCAUUGCCAGUUUUAGAGCGAAGCGCAAAACAUUCAAUAGCUGCGUUUCCAUUACCCUUCAAAUUGUGCAAACUGAAUUUGCGAAUCGAAAAAAUGCCCAAUGGGAAUCAAUUUCGCCAAAAAAAGUUUUUACACAUGAGGUGGUUUUUCAGGCAAUAUUAAUAUUCACCAUUAAUUAAUAAGAAAUAUUUCACAAAAUCGCAAAGGAAACCAUGCUGUUUUUUUUUUUUCGCAUCUACAGUUCGCUUGGCGAAUGUAAAAGUCACAUGACCAUUCUUUAAAUGUACUAUAACUUCCAAGAAACACUAUAUACGUGGCUGCUCUCAAGUUUAAGGGUCUUCCUUGCCAUCAAUGCUUUGAAACCCUUAUUAACACUGCACACGUCCGCAGUGCAUUAUGGCUCCAAUAUGGCCGCCAGAGCCCUAGUCAAUGCUUGUGUUUAUACCGUGAUUUAGUAACGUCCUAGAAGAAUCUCUGCGCUGCUUUGCUAAAGAUACGUCUACAUCUCCUUCGAUUAGGGCGAUUAGGCAAAAGCUACAAUUGUCAUUCGCAUCUUGUCAGGGAAGCAUGGUUCUGUGAUCAGUAGUAAAUCUUUAUCCGAAGGCCAGAGGGCGCUGACGUGCAGAAACUCCACAUACAUCACAGAAGAAGUCCAGGAAAUCCCUAAAGCGUUGAUGAACAAACAGAAAAUUUAACUGCUUUCAUUGUUUCAACGCGACUUAAUAAAAACACGACUACGAUAUGGUAUAUCAGAGUUCAUCUAAUUAUAAUUUUCAUUACUAACAAGAA